ACAAAAAAUUAAAACACAUCAACACUGCGAGUACACAGCUUGACGUAAAAGAUAAUAAAGGCAGAUUGUGAAAUUGUAAUUAUGUUGUGAUUCCGUAAUUAGUGUAAUCCAACAACUGUUGAAGGCCAUGAAUGCAUCGAGUUUAUAUGUGUCGACUUGUCGGCUUAUUAUUCAAUCGGAUUUAGACGAUCAAUCUUCUUGGUGCGAUUUAUAUCGCUUGGUUCCAUAUUUGAGACAGUCUUUAUCAUGCACUGUUUGCGAAAAUCUAUUGAUAGACCCUCAAACCCCGUCCGAUAAUGCUUGUCAACAUCACGUAUGCAAGCAAUGUAAAUGGGGUCGCAAAAAGCUAAAGCCUUCUUGCAAUUGGUGCUUCGAUUAUAACAUAUAUAUUGAGAAUAUCCAAUUACGAAUAUUGUUACAAUGUUAUAAAAAACUUUGCGAAUAUUUGAUGAGCACUCAAAUAUAUAGAGAAUUAGCUGCUCAAGUAGAUGCUUCUUCACCUCGUAACAUUACUACUUCAACAUUUAGUUUGAUAGAAUUUAUACAAGAAGGAGCCGGUUUUACUGAUGAUUUUAAAAGUACUUCGGGAUUAACAAAGUCAGCUUACAGUAUAUUACCCUGUGUAUAUACAAAUUCUUCUACCCAAACAACAUCAAAUGCAAAUGUAAAAUCGGAUACCCCAGUCACAAACAAUGAUACAGGUAUACAACCAAGCAAUAAUGAAAAUUUAUUGUAUUCAGUAAUGUAUGCAGGUAAUGGCAAUAAAAUUACAAUCAAAAGGAAGACUACUGAUAUGAAAACAAAUGAUCAAACUCCAACAGAAAAUAUAACCAAUAAAAAGGAAUUAGUCACAUCGUCUGGGUUUAAAAAGCCAACUUCUAGAUCUAGAGUGAAUAACAAACGAAAGGGAUGUCGCUGUGGUAAUGCAACCCCUACUCCUGGAAAGCUGACAUGUUGUGGGCAGCGUUGCCCAUGUUAUGUGGAAUCUAAACCUUGUUUGGAAUGCAAAUGCCGUGGAUGUAGAAAUCCUCACAGGCCAAAUGGCUUUAAAGUUCGCCCUCAUAUUCCUCAACUACACAACAUACAAAGGUUACAAAAAAUAGACUUACCUGUGAAUUCAGUAAAACAAGAAAAAGUGGACAGUUCACCUCCAAGUCUGCAUUUAAAUUCUGAUGAAAUAACAUUAGAUGAUUCAUUAUUAUUCAAUGCCAUGGAUAUAGACUCUUCUAAUAUACAAGUUGUUGGUGUUUAUACAACUCAUUUACAAGACGUAGGAUCUAAUCUACCCACAUCAAUAUUAAUGGAAGAAGAUUCGCCGAAUUCAAUUUUUGAGGAUGAUAACAUCACAUCACAAGGAAGUUCAAAUGACGCAAGUGAUAUUGAAGUCAUAUAGAAGUAAAAAAAAAGAAUCACACAUUAAUUUAGUUUCAGAAAUCAUGCAAGCAUCUCUACUGGAUUAAUUUGCUUGUAUGAUUUCUAUGUUUUAAAAAAAAUCUGUCUAAAAUUGAUAAUAUGAUGUGUUUGUGACCUUACUCUUUUCUUACGCCAUAUUAGAGCAGGUCAGUCACACCAAAUCAUAAACAAUGAUCUGAAACUGCAGUGAGAAAUUUUACAAUUUAACAGAUCAGUCAAUUUAAGGCAAGCGAAGUGUUGCUGUACAACACUGGGUUUAUGCAAUUUUAAAUUUGGUUCCAUAAAUGAUAAAAUUGAGUUGUUUAUAAUUUAGCUUUACUUAACAUUAGUAGUUAUUUAUGUAAAUAUGAGAAAACUAGUUACUUUAAAUGACUUUAUUGACGUUUUUAUCACUAAUGUAAGGGACCAA